AUGAGCGGAGCAUGUCUGAGUCCGGAGUGGAGAUGCAACGGAAUAAACGACUGUGGUUUUUGGGAGGAUGAAGUUAACUGCCCAGGUUGCUCGGAAGACGAGUUUACUUGUUCCUCUGGCGAGUGCAUUUCAAUGGAAAAACGCUGCGAUGGGUACAGUCACUGCUUAGACGAUUCAGACGAGCAAGAAUGCGACAUGUGUUUCGACGGCCAGUUUUCUUGCGGCGACGGAAAAUGCGUUCCGGAUUCGUACGUUUGUGAUGGCGAUUUUGACUGCGCAAAUGGCCGAGACGAAGAGGGCUGCUCUUGUCGGCAACUAAAUGGCUUCGAAUGCAACGACGGGAGCUGUUUCCACAAGAGUCGCCAAUGCGAUGGGCAUACAGACUGCCUGAACGGUGAAGACGAACUUAAUUGUGGACUAACCGCACGUGGUUGUGAACGCGAUGAGUUCUUCUGCAAGAAAGAUGGCAAAUGCGUGCAGAGAGAUUUCGCAUGUUCAUCUGGAUGCGGUGAGGAAAUCUGUACUUGCAAAGAGUCCGAAUUGCCGAUUUGCGGUGGUCUAAGAACUUUUCCGUCCAUGAUAGGCCAUGUAAAUGCGGAAGAAACGAUGAAAUCAGACGAAUACAAUACAAUUUCAAUUCUCAUCAACACCAAGUGCCAUCCUUGGCUACACGAACUCGCCUGCGGUUUUACGAACCCUUCUUGCUCUGGCUUUGACCGCUCGCAAAUCUUGUACCCAUGCAAAAGUCUCUGUGAGAGCGUUCAAUCAACAUGCGCUCCAGUUCUCUUGCAGCUUGGAUACAUGUGGCCAAAUUUUCUAUCUUGCGAGUUUAUGCCAGAAACUCAUUGUAUUGGCGAAAAUUUGUCAAAUGGAAUGUGCCCAAAUGGCACAUUGCCCUGCUCUGAUGAAGAUUUUACUUGUGUUCCAGGAGAGUGGAAGUGUGAUGGUUUCCAACAUUGCACGGAUGGUGCGGACGAGAUGUUCUGCGACAACUGCGAUUUUCAGUGUUCUAACGGCCUCUGUUUACCCGAGUCCUCAAGAUGCAAUGGCGAAUUAGAAUGUCCGAAUGGUGAGGAUGAAUCAUCUUGCGCUGAAUGCAAGCAUGACGAGUUCAUGUGCGGCGAUCGAAAGUGCAUUCCCAGUGGCUCUUGGUGCGACGGGCUAACGGACUGUUCCGACUUAUCCGACGAGAUCGAUUGCUACGGUGUAAUCAACGAUGUGGUUGUUGUUAAAAAGCCUAAAAGCUUGAAUUACAGGGCGCCUUAUCAACAAAUUUUGACUCCUGGAAAUUUGACGUUCGAAACCGAGUGGGUCAGUCUGUGCUCCGAUUAUUUCGAUAGUACUUCUCCUGAAAAGGCCCAAGUUCUGGAACGAACUUGUGAUCGACUGAAGAUGAACCCGAUGAAAAUCCAAGAUGUUUAUCGUACUAGCAAAAUGUGCAAGGCUCCUCUCUUGACUUCCUCUUGUCCAACUUGUGGCAUUCAUAAAUCACGAGUCCGGAGAGUUUUAUAUGGAAAGAUUCCGGAUAAAUUUGCUCCUUGGGUUGCGGCAAUUGAGAUCAAGGGAAUGCAUCAUUGUGGAGGAACACUUGUUACUGGGCAUAUCGUUCUGUCAGCAGCACACUGUUUUUUCAACUAUCAAAGUGGAAGCUAUGAAGAUUGGAGGAUCAAAAUGGGACAAAAGACUGCGAGGAAAUUUUCCGCAACAAGAAGAAUCAAGGAAGUGACUCUUCAUCCGGACUUCAAGCGAACGGCCCAAAGCUACGACUUUGAUUUGGCUUUAGUCAGACUGAACCGAAAAGUUGACCUCACAGCGGCGUGUCUUCCUCCGACAAUGCCAAUUCCGGGUGCAUUCUGUCGCAUUUCCGGAUGGGGUCAAUUUAGUCACAACUUCAGAUCUUCAAGAAAACUUAAAUCCGCGCACAUUCAUAUCGUCGACAAGGCUACUUGUCAGCGAGUCUAUCCUCACCAGACAAUAACAGACAGAAUGAUUUGUGCUGGACAUCCCGAUACUGGCGUCGACGCAUGCACAGGCGAUUCAGGCGGUCCUCUUGAAUGCAAAAUCGACGGGCAUUGGACACUUGUUGGAAUCGUUUCUUGGGGGCAGCCAGGUUGUCCUCCGCCAAAGAAAUCACUCGGAGUGUAUACAAAUAUUUUCCAUUUGCGCGAUUGGAUCAGUUCAGAAGAGAUACGGCGAGAAAACGAGUCGUAG